UCUGCAGAUUUCCUUUCAUUACUAUGUUCACUUAGCUAGGAAUCUAACUCAAAAGUUUCAUCUUUUGCUUCCUUCUUACUUAGCGAUCUUGCUCAAGACUGUGUGAAGUGAAUGAAUAAAAUGCAGCAGAACAGCUUUUUCCCGGGGUGCAAUUUCUCUAACCGUGACAUUACGAAUGCAAGAACUGGCUGGAGUUUGUGUCCUGUACAGGACACUGAUUCGGUCUUAACCAAUAAUAGUUACGGCGUGAACCUGAAUGUUGAUGAUACAUUCUCUUUGUUGUAUCGUGAUCUUUAUCAUAGCCAAGUGAAAGGAGCGUUGAGACACACCAUGCUUGUACAUGAAUCUGUCUUUGGAAGUCAGAUCUAUGAGCUUCAUCGUCUGUACCGAAGGCAGAAGGAAUUGAUGAUGGAAAUGGAAGGAACUCGACAUCAAAACGCCGUGUACUUAAAUUCUGGUUUCCCUAUCCCUAGAACACACUGGAUGAGUUCGAGCAUCUCUGCUUAUCAAACUAGGUAUUUGCCUCAUGAAGAAAACAUUCCUUACCAAAUGGAAGCUGAGCUUCUUGUAGAUAACAAGGUUGAGAAGUCUGAGAAGAAGGUCUUGGAUCUGGAACUACCGGUUUUUGAGUAUAAUGAUAUGCAUGGAGGAGUCCAUGAAGCUCCAAACUUUUUGAAAGAGCAAUCUCUGAGAAUGAUGUCUUUGGAUUCGGGUAAGCAGUUGAGUAAGCUACAACUUGAUUUGAAUGAACCUGCCAAGAUCGAGGAACAUUCAGAUAAUGUGUUCAGUCAGUUCUUGAGUCCAGUUACAUCAGAUGGGAUUAGAGAAGAGUCUGAUAGAAAGAAUGAAGGAGAAAGUUCAUUAAAAGGUUUCAACGGGAUGAAUGAAGCGCAAGGAUCUGUUAAAUGUCGAGAAGAGUACGGGUUUGACUUGAAUAUGUCUCCCCUUUCAUCCGAAGAUGAAGAAACAAAGAAGUUUGAAACCGAGAAACCUCAAGAGUCUUCUUCUGUUACGGUUCGUGGAAAACACAGUUCAAAUCAGCCGCGAGUGAAUGUUCAAGCUCUACCAUGUUCAACUAACACUUUACUUUUGGACAAGCGAUUUAAGUCAUUCAUGAGAGGCUCAAGGUCAAGGAAGAAGGUAGAACUUUGUCCAACCAACAAAACUUUCAAAGGCUCAAAGCAUGACCCGCACUUGAGUGCUCAGGUCAGCUCAGAAUCUCAAAGCAAUCAAACGAGUAUGGAGAAAGGGAGUUCAAGUUCUUUGUCUGAGGCAAAAUGUGCAGAGAAGGGGACCAAUCUAGGAAACAAAAGGCGUUGUAAACCACAAAUGAAGUCCAGUAAGGGUCAAAGAGUAGUUGCGAAAAAGAGUGGAAGAAUGAAACGGAAGAAGAGCAGAAAGAUAUCUCUUGUUAAAGAAGGAAAUUAUCAAGAAGUGUCUGCAGCUGAGGCUAUAGUACAUAUGUCUAGAAAGUCCGCCACUGAUUAUAUUACUUCCCUAAGCAAAAAUCUUCUUUGGUUCGCCGAUAUUUCUUCUUCGGUUGCAAAGAUGCAAAAAGAGAAGAAGCUAGAGGAGCACGAGACAGACAACAAAGGAGCAGCAGUCUCUAGCAUAGUCCUUGGGAAGCAGAGGAGAAGCAAGGCCAGGCAGGGAAAGCGGAAAUGCAAAGAUGACCUGCAUGAUGAUAACGUGAGUAUAGGCACAUUUUCAGAAUGUGAAGCCAAUGAGGAUCUGCAGGUACUUGGAAAGCUAAUUAAAGCAUCUGAACUAAAGUGGAAUUGCGUGUUCCUCAAGAACAAGCGCAAAAGCUCUACUCCUAAACCAAUAGAUGCUUUCACUUUUUGGGGAGAAGAAAAAACAGGUGUUUAUUGGGGAGCCUUAAAAAAGCGAAGACGGAGCUCUAGAAUUCCUGCUGCUGAUUUUACUCACAUGAUCAUCAACCAAGUAGUAUAGCCAAACGGAGCUCUAGAAUUCCUGCUGCUGAUUUUACUCACAUGAUCAUCAACCAAGUAGUAUAGCCAAACUAAAGAAGUAAUUACAAUCCUUGCCAUAGUUUGGCUUCAUGUUUUUCUUUUGGAGAAUUAAGAGUCUUACUAUUA